CUAAAAUUUGAGAGAUUAAUAUAUAAGCGUUAAAUCCAUCAUUUCGCAUAAAGAAGAAUGGUAUAACCUCAAAAGGACACAACUGUCCUUGUGGCCCUCCCAGCAGGACAAUCAAUCUCUCUGCUUCUUACUUACCCUCCUCUUUGCCGUUGUUUUUACCUUUGUCAUCGGCAUCCUCCAUAAUUCCUUCUAGAUCCCUCCAUGGCCACCCUCUCAGCUUAUCCUAGCGCUAACCCUAACCCAAAUUUCCUUUCUCCAACUGACCAAACCAACCACAACCAGGAAUCACUCCCUCAGGUGCAGCCUCACCCUUCUACUGAUCCGGAGCCGAACCCGACUCCGAACGCUAACUCUAAUUUCCACACCCCACUUUCGACCCCAUCCGACGCGGUUCCUCCAGCUGCUCCGCCGCCUUCUCUUCUCCACCUCUCCUUCAACCAGGACCAGGGCUGCUUCGCUGCCGGCACUGACCAUGGCUUCCGGAUCUACAAUUGCGAUCCAUUCCGUGAGAUCUUUCGCCGAGAUUUCGAUCGAGGCGGUGGCAUCGGCGUUGUCGAGAUGCUUUUUCGGUGCAAUAUUUUGGCUCUCGUUGGCGGUGGAUCCGACCCGCAAUACCCACCAAAUAAGGUUAUGAUCUGGGACGACCACCAGAGCCGAUGCAUCGGCGAGCUUUCGUCUCGUUCCGAAGUAAGAUCGGUUCGGCUUCGGAGGGAUCGAAUCGUGGUCGUUUUGGAGCAGAAAAUUUUCGUACACAAUUUUGCGGAUUUGAAGCUGCUGCACCAGAUUGAUACCAUCGCGAAUCCAAAGGGACUCUGCGCGGUCUCUCAGGGGGCCGGGUCUUUGGUUUUGGUUUGUCCUGGAUUGCAAAAGGGGCAGGUUAGGGUGGAGCAUUACGCCUCGAAGAGGACUAAGUUUAUUAUGGCUCAUGAUUCAAGAAUUGCGUGCUUCGUACUCUCGCAGGAUGGGCAGUUGCUUGCUACCUCGAGCUCGAAAGGGACGCUGGUUCGCAUUUUUAAUACUGUUGAUGGUAGCUUGCUGCAGGAGGUAAGGAGGGGUGCAGAUAGAGCUGAAAUUUAUAGUUUGGCAUUCUCUUCAAAUGCCCAAUGGUUAGCUGUUUCAAGUGACAAGGGCACCGUCCAUGUUUUCAGCCUUAAGAUUAAUGCUGGAUCUCCAGGCAUUGACAGGUCUCGAAGUGCAUCAGACAUUGUUACAUCACCCCACUCCUCACUUUCUUUUAUCAGAGGAGUAUUGCCGAAGUACUUCAGCUCAGAAUGGUCAGUGGCUCAGUUCCGCCUGGUUGAAGGUUCUCAGUACAUUGUUGCUUUUGGUCACCGAAAGAAUACAGUGGUAAUUCUUGGCAUUGAUGGAAGUUACAUAAAGAAUAUUUGCCUGAAAGAUGAUAUUCAACAAAAAUUUUUCAUGGACUCCACAGAACAACUAAUUUGUUCAUCAUCUGUAUUAGUUCCUUGCGAGUCACCCAACGAAGUAAGGGUUCAGUUAGAAAAUAUUCAACUGAAGAUGGGGAUUGUUUACUAAUCGGAUAUGAUUCUACUUUGUCUCAAGAAAUAUUUAUCCUCUUCAAAUAAAAUAAUAUAGAGGAUUUGAUUGAUAUAUGAAAGAAGAUAAGUCCGUCAAGAUAAAAGCAGUUUUGCCAGAGACAUGGGCAUAUAGUACAUCUUAUUGCAGUAAAUGUCGACAAUCAACUAGUUAGAGCUACAGUGUAAUUUUAGGAUCUUACAAGUGUUUCAUCUUCAAUGAAGUGGAUAUGAUGCCAACCAUCGAAGAAUAUUCGAUUUUAUUGGGCCUGCAACUCAAGGUUCUUGACAAGAUAUAUGUUAGAAAAUACAAGUCAGGAUUUCGCAAGGAUUUGGCCCAUCUCAUGGGGAUAGACAAGGAGAUUGUGAAUUCUCACAUAAAGAAAAAACAAGAACAGUUUUGCCUACCUUGAAAAUUUUUUCAUGAUUUUUUAGUGCAACAUAUCGAAGAACGAAGAUUAGAUGUAUUUGUCUUAGCCAUAUAUGGAAUAGUAAUAUUUCUAAAGGUUUUGGGUCAUAUUGAAAUAGUAGUGGUUGACUUCUUUGGGAGUGUGAUCAAUGGUUAUAACCUUUCAACCGUAAUAUUAGUAGAGACUAUCAGAUUUUGAGUUACUGUCGUCGGAAUGGAGGGCGUGUUAUAGGCUACAUAUAAUUAUUAUACUUAUGAAUGAAAAGCCAUUUUGAGUGGAAAAAUGUGCUUUCUCAAAGCUUUAUGUCCGCAAUUGAGCUUCGAUCAAGAAAUUCUGUGAAAGUGGGUGGUCAAAACAAAAGUAAAAAAAGGAGUGGAUAGUUUUUUUACAAGAACUGACAGGUGCCAAAGUAAGGUGGUUGGUCGUAUGGAUGAAUCGUGAACCUAUGCUAUAUUAAUGUGGAUAUAGUACUGUGAUCCCACUUCUGGGUUUAUGGGGGGUAACAAGUUAUGUGCAAUUUCUAGUAAGAAGACAGUUUGGGGCAGAAUAGUUAAUUUCUAUGAGCCACGGGCUUCAUCAAUCGAAAUUUUCUUACAAUGAGCCAAAAGCAUUUCAGAAGAUGAAUGAGAUAAUUAAAGCAUGAAAAAAUCUUUAUAGAGUGAGUCUUGGAUCAUUCACUGAUAAGGUCACUUAGGGGUACUUAGGUUGGAGAGCAAGACGAAGACAAGAAAUGGUAUUCACUUAUAAAAGCUUUCAAUCGCCAACAGAAAGAAGGCUUGAAGAGACACCAUUAGAAUUAGAGCUUGCGACAAUAAAAUUUGAGUGUGAAAAGGAUAAGUUAAUGCAAGAAAUCCAGAAGCUUCAAGAAGAAAAAGAUAAGUGAAAAGAUAAAGCUAAAAGACAUGAAGCUAGAGUUUGCAAGAUUACUAGAGAAUGUGAUACAGAUAUUGAAGACCUAGCAGAGCUACACCAAGAACAUAAGAGGUUAUAUGUGAGAGAAAGGGUCAAGGAGAUAACAAUUGUUGAGCUCACUGAAGAGAAUAAGCGAUUGAAGCAAGAGUAUGCUGAAUUAGAGAAAAAAGUACUCAAGUAUAGACAGAAAAUAACAUGUUGAAUAGUUACUUAAGCAGGUUGAAACAGGUUGAAUGAAUAAGAAGACUACAUUGUUGCAUUGGUUAGAGAGUAUAGAGAGUUAUCAUACUAAGUUUGGUGUGGUAAAAAAGAGAACCUAGGAAGACGAUAGUACAUUAAGCACCUAACAACCUAAAUUUGCAAAGGGGUAUACAAGGCAAGAGAGAUGGUAGAAUAGGUAGAAGCAUUGAAAGAAAUGGUAGUCCUAGUAGGAGAACAUGGGGCAGUGUCUUUUGAACUUCAUCGAGGAAGUCAGAACCCAAUAUAAGCAGAUCAAACUCAUCACCAUGUACAAUCGAAAGAUGGCAGUUCAUGUCUAUAAUGAAAAAUUAUUAAUGCAUAUCUUUCAAGAUAGAAUUAUAGAUUCUGCUGCUAGGUGGUAUGUCCAACUGGACAAUUCAUAUCCGUUCUUGGAGUGAUAUAGGCAAUGACUUCAUUAGUCAAUAUCGACAUAUUAUAGAUUUGGCUCCUGAUCAUUUGUCUUUACAGAAUUUGGAGAAAAAGGUAAAUGAGUCUUUUACAGAAUAUGUUCAGAGAUAGAGAGAUGUAGUUUCUCAAGUGCAACCUUCUCUGACUGAGAAAGAGAGUGCAGUGUUGUUUGUCAGUAUUUUGAAAUCUCCUUAUUAUGAAAAGAUAAUAAGGAAUGCAACCAAAACUUUCGCUGACAAGGUGAUUUCUGAAAAAUUAUUGAGAGUGCCAUCAAGAAUGGUAAGUUGGAAGGAGAUGAAGCAUCCAACAAAGGAGCCCUAAAAAAGAAACAGACUGAAGCUCAAGUUGUGAGCUUUGAUAGACAGCAAUUCGAAGGUUAUAAAUCUUACUCACCACAAGGAUACCUUUCACAUUAUCCUGCUGUAAAUAACACUUUUUUUUACCCAUACCAACCAUUCGUACAAUCAUCUUAUCCUCAAACAUAUCAACCUCAUUUUUGGCUUCAAAAUACCACAUAUAGUCCUAGCAUUCAACCUAUCCCAAGACUCUAAACUCGUUCAGCAAGUCCAAUGAGAGGUUUUUGAGAGCAACGAAUCACUCGCGAAAAGCUUGUAUUUGACCCAAUCCUCAUGACUUAUAUAGAGUUAUGUCGUGAGCUUUAUAACAGUCAUCUGAUUGCUUCAAGUAAGAGCCACUCAAGUCACCUUAUCCUAAGUGGUAUGAUCCUACAGUCCAUGGUGACUAUCAUUAUGGAUUUAUUGAUCACUUCACUGAAACUUGCAUUGUCUUGAAACACAAAGUGCAACGGUUGAUCAAGGAUGGAAUGAUUAGUUUUGAUAUAAAAGGGGUAACUGCAUCAAAUGUUGAUGGUAAUUCUUUGUCUAAUCAUAAUAUGAAUGCUCUGAGUAAUGAACAAGGGCAUCAUUUGAAGAGAAAAGUUACAGAUAUUAAGACACCUUUCAAUUAGCUGUUUGAUGCUUUGAGUAAAGCUGACAUGAUACAACAAGUGAGUCCACGCUGUUAUCAUGGAACAUAUAUAGCAGGCACUAGUUGUAAAUAGCAUAGUGGGCAAUGGGUCAUCCUAUCGAAACUUAUGAGCAGUUUCACCAAGAGAUACAAAAGCUUUUGGAUUCAUAUCAGAUUGAGGUUUAUGAAAAGGAAGAAGACUUAGAGCGUGUUAAAGUAUCCAUGACUGACAAGCCCGUAAAAUUAUUUUCAAAAUCGGUGAUGAUUCAUUGUGGGAACAAGGCAAAGUCAGUUCUAGACAAACUUAUUCCCCGACUGGUAACUUUUAAAAUUUUAACCCCCUUCCCAUAUAAAGAUGAUAAAGUUGUAUCCUGAAAAUAUGAUUGUGAUACAGUGGUUCAGGGGUAAGAAGAGAAUGUCUCUAAGACUGAUGCCUCAAAUAUAACUGGUGUAAGAGAUAUUACUCGAAGUGAAAGAUGCUACAUUUCAGAAAUAUUGGAGAAGGCUAGAAGGGAGAAAGUUAAGGUAGGAGAAGAACGGAAUAACCCUGAAGUGAAACCUGAAGAGAAUCGCCCGAAGUUGGUGUCAGAAAAAGAGGCUUGUAAAUUUUUAAAGUUGGUAAAACAUAGUGAAUAUUUUGUUGUUGAACAAAAUGUCAGCAUAAAUCUCAUUAUUAUCACUGUUAUUGAAUUCAAAAUCACAUCGAAAUUCUCUGCUGAAAAUAUUGAACCAGGCAUAUGUGGACAUAAUGUAUCUGUUGAAUAUGUGAACCAUCUGGUUGAAAAUUUAGUAAUGUCAAAGUAUAUUUCAUUCAGUGAUGAUGAGAUUCUCCUAUAAGAAAGAUGAAGUACCAAGGUUUUGCAUAUCACAAUUAAAUGCAAGAGCCAUAUCAUGACUAAAGUUUUUAUUGAUAAUAGCUCCGUUAUCAAUGUCAUGCCUAUGUCCAUUUUGGCAAGGUUACCUAUCGAUUACUUUCAUAUGAAAAACAAUCAACUGAUAGUGUGAGCUUUUCAUGUGACUAGAAGGAAAAUCUUGGGAGAUAUCAAGACGCCCUUACAAAUUGGGUCAUGCACUUUUAAUGUGAAAUUUCAAGUAAUGGAUCUCUCCGUCUUAUAGCUAUAUAUUAGGAAGGUCAUAGAUUUACAUGACAAGGGCUGUUCCUUCUAUUCUUGACCAAAAAAUUAAGUUUAAUGUGGAAGCCCAGUUAGUGGUAGUGUUUGGGGAGGAAGACAUGCUAGUGACCUAAUUUUUGAAUGCUUCAUAUGUGGAAGUUAUCGAGGAAGUAAAGGAAUGUUUCUAUCGAUCUUUUGAAUUGGUCAACUCUGUGGGUGAAAGAUUUACAAAUCAAUUUUUUUCAAAGAUAGUGACGAGUCAAGUCAUCAAUAAGGGUUGGUAUCUAGGAAUAGGACUAGGCAAGAACUUGUAAGGAGUAAGGGAACCUCCAACAAUGGUAGAUAAUAGUGGAAAGCUAGGCUUAGGCUAUGAAAUAGCAGAAUGAGAGAUCAAGUGAAGGUCAGCAGGUAAAACAACAAAACUAAUGAUUAUCUCACACCUGUACGAGACUUUCAGACUUGGAGGAUUCAUGUACCCAGAUGCAGAAAAAGGUAUGAAAGAAACUUUCGCCCAAUUAAUCAUCCAUGCUAUUAAAGAUGAAAUGGCACUUAAGCAAGAAGGGUGGGUUACCUUUGUCCGUCAGAUUAUGAGCUGAACAAUUGGAGUGCCAUUGAAAUGCCUUUGACCUUUGAAACUAAUUCAAUGUAAUUGUACAUCGCAAUAGUUAUUACCCAAGGCAUUGAGGUGAUCUUUCUUGUUUGGGUCAUUUAUCUUUUAUUAUUCUAAUAAAGAUUAGAAAGGAUGCAUUUUCAUUCAUUUCUUCUUGUGUCUUCAUUAUUGCCAUUUUUCUCAAAUUCAUCUUGUCAACAUAUCUCAUUUCAUUCAAUUUCAGGUGUUUAAAUGAACAUGAAGAUAAUUAUGAUAAUA